AUUGCAUCGCCGGGGGGCGCGAGGCUGAACCUCGGCGCGAGCGGGCGGCGCCAUGGAGCUAACGGCCCCUCCGCGGCCCUGGGCCUUCCUCUGGCUGGCGGCCGCGGCGCUGCUGCUGCCGGGGCCGGCGGCUGGAAGUCCUUGCUUUUUGGAUAAGACUCAUCUUAUAAAGAAAGGAGCUGUACGCUUGAAGCGAGAAAAUAUAGAUAGAAUUCAUGACUCAGUGGCCUUUUUUGAAACUGGUGGAGUCGCAUCUAUUCCAGAUGCUCCACAAAUUUCUGAUCAAAUACUUGGAAUAGAAGGAUCAACUGUUCCAGUGUAUGUUCUCAUUAAUUCCAAAGACUUAAUUCUUAAGUGUUUGACUCAAAAACUGUUAAAGCAGAGAAUCAUUGAUCCAAAAUAUCAGUGGAUUGGUCCCAUAGGAUUGAUAACCAAAGAAUCACAAAGGUUUGUUUUAACUGAUGAUGGUAGCCUGGAAAUUUAUAAUAUUCAUGGAAGUGACUCUGGAAGUUACAUCUGCAAUGUCAUCUAUGUACAUAAUAAUAAAUAUGUGACAACAGAAAUCCGUUUCAUGGUCUAUGUAUAUCAUAAGCCAGGGAAAAGUAUACAUCUGUCAUCUGAAUUCAAAACAGAAACCUGUGAAACCAAUGCAGUUGCUUCAUUUGAAAAACAACUAUUAGAAAAUAUGGAGAACUUAAUCCGUGAUCUUCAAUGUGAGAUCCGGCAGUGGAACACACAAUGCCAUGCAGCUACAGAUACAAUGGCGAUGCUAACACACAAACUUACAUUUCAGUUUGUGGUUUUUCCUUUUGCACUGGCAUUUGCAGAGUCCUGUAAAAGUUCAAAAUGUGAAAACUCCACCAAUUACAUCAAAAAGGCAUACACUAAGAUUAAACAAUUCUUUGAAGUACAAAAUACUGAAUCAGAUCACAUUCACCAGAUACAUUAUAUUUCUGGCUCCCUUACUGGUAAGAAAGUGGAUCACUGCAAACCAGGAUUUGGUAAAAAUAUAAACAAUAGUACGCUGUGUCCAGGAUGCUGUGUAACAUGCCCACCUGGUCGAUUCAGUGCAAGAUAUGAUACCACCUGUGUUCUCUGUGCAUCAGGGUCCUAUAAUAAAAAGUACGGGCAGACUGCAUGCAAAAACUGUCCAAAAACACAAACUAGUGAUAGAAGAGGAGCCAAAACUGAAAGAGAGUGUCACGGAACUCUGCAAAUCUGGAUUGUUUUCUUAAUUUCCUCCUUAGGAACAAGCCUUAUCCUAGUGACAUCUUGGGCAAUAAUACGUAAAUGCUGUAGAAGAACAUUAGCAGCCCGAUAUAUAGAGGAAGCCGAAUCUGAACUUAAAACCAGACUGAAAACAUUUGCCAAUAUUGCAAGUGAUGCAGAGAUUGAAGAGCAAAGAACUAAACUAAGAAACCCAGACAGAUCAGAGAGAAAGAAUCUGCCAAAAUAUAAAGUUGGGUUUAUAGAGGAAGAGUCCAUAGGAUUAUUAAGCAAUGAUGGCAUAACAGAGACAUCAACACCUGUCGGCUCAAAUCCAUCUCCUGACCAUACAUGGCCAAGUGAAGUAGAAACAAGCUUUGAGGAAGGCAGAUCACAAGGUACUUUGGAAGAAGAAAUCCAGUGUGUUUCAAAAGGACUGGUUUCUAAUCCGCAAAAGUUUAAUACAAGAAACCACAAAUUGUCUUAACUUCUCUGUGUGAUGUAGGGUAAAUUGUAAAGCAAAGUACUGAUCACCUAUUGCAAAAUGUGGAGUUAAGGACCCUUCUAAAAAUAUUCAUGUCUAGAAGGAUAUUAUCUUAAGAGUUAUUAUUAUUUUUUAUCUACAAUAAGGUGUAUACUUUAUAGUGGUGUCUUCUGGCAGCUGGAAAAGCAAAAGCUGUUUAAAAGAUCAGCAUUCUCCUUCAGGCAGACAAUUCUCCUUAAAAAUGUGUAGCACUUAGCAGUUUUAGGAGCUCCAUUCUGCGGAAGCAUACUGAACCUUCCCUCCUCUGCAGAAGCAUUAAAUACUUUCUACAGAUGUGUGUUAACAUAUAUUUUCUUUUUUCAUAUGCAAGCUAUUCAACCGUUUGAUAAUGGCUCCAAACUAAUUAAAUUUCUUAUUUUCUAAGAACUCUACAGAACCAAAAUAGAAGUUAAACAUGAACUGAUAUAAUUUGAUAUUAUGAUACAAUACUGUCAUGUAACAUUUUUCAUAACCUCAAUGCAAACUACGUGUACAGUAUUUUAAUAUGUGCUACAUGCUUUGCAGUGUGUAUUCUGCUCAGAAUAAAAUUUAGAGAAAUUUUAAACUCAUGUUAUGCCUGUUCAAAACUGAAGUUCAUGUGAACAAAAAUAAUAUUGGGACUUUAGCCGGUAGCAAAUACACUGGAUGGUUUCAGUAUUAUGA